UGUCAUGUUGCUACCAGCGGUCUCCGAAUCAGACCUGGACAGAUUUACAAAGUCCCCAUUCUCCUCUGUGGCGAAGACAGGGUAUCGUUGAGGGUCACGUUGGUGUCUUCUGACAGCGUAGUUACGGAAAUAAAAACAACUCUGCCACCUGGAUUCCACAUCCUUAUACUUCAGAUACCUGAUUCUAUAAUGCACAGCCAGUAUGGAAUCGUUAUGGAAGGAAAAGAACUCCAUUCUAACUUGAGAUUUAAAAAUUACGCACCCUUGGAAUUUUCUCCAAACUUCCUCUCGAUUGUUAUCCAAUCAAGCAGGCCUAUUUACAGGUCUUCACAGACAAUAAGGUUCAGAAUAUUGGUAUUGAAUACAGAAUUACGAGCCUUCGACAAUGCUGUAGAAGCGCAUAUAGUUGAUCCGGAUGAUUUUAUAAUGCGCAGAUGGCUUUCGGUUUAUACUAACAAUGGCAUCGCAAGUCUCAAGUUUAAGCUUCCAAGCCUGGCGAAGGAGGGAUAUUGGAAGAUUAGGAUUAAAGCAGGAGAACAAACAGAGGAGCUAAAAAUCAAAGUGGAGAAUUACUUCGAACCGUUAUACGAGAUAGUAUCUAAAGGAGCAAUCGUCAAUGGUGGUGAGGUGACUGUGAAAGGAGACACUACCAGUUUCCCUGUUGCUCUUUCUCCAGACAUGGCACCUGGGUUUAAAAUAAUAGUGUUUGCUGUCAGCAACUUCACCAUCCUAGCUGACAGUGUUUACCUGCCAUUAUCUGCAUUCAACAGGUAUGAGAUGGAGAUCUUUCUGAAUACUGGAAAGGAUUUUAGAGGUAAUAUGGUUGAACUAAUAGUAAGCGGAGAUGAAGGUGCAUAUAUUUGUGCUCAUUCCGUCCGAUCCAGUAUUUAUUUUAUGCAAGCUGGAAAUGAAAUAACAGAGAGUAGAGUAAUCAAUAGUCUAUCGGCUCUUGAAAACUUUAAAAAGCCCAUUAACAAAGUUACCACACGAUCUAGAGAUGGCAGCACUGCUGAGAAAACAGUUUAUUAUCAGACGCCUGAUUAUGGAAAGGAUUCUAAUCAAACAUUUGCAUUUUCUGGCCUACUCCUUUUUUCUCAGUUGAACUCAUCGUUUACUAAUGCAGGUGAAGCCAAAACCCAAGACGACUUUGAUUACAAAAUUCACAGGACAUCCCGUUCGACUGUAGAUCUCGGUGACUGGGGUUGGAGAGAAAUUAAAAAGAAUGAUCACGAAGGUAUCGAGUUUGAACCACUUGAUGCGCCUUUACUAAGUGACGACUGGUAUUUCACAGCUUUUAGUGUCAGUAGUAAAUAUGGUUUCAGCAUCAUAUCAGAACCUAUUGUAGUUGGUUUGAGACUUGUAUUGAAAAACAAUGAUCCAUCAGAAGCACUGGUUUUAGUAAGAAUGAUUUCAUCUCCUGAUUACAAAUUCGUGCACGUCGAACCUGGAGGUUUAGUCUCAAGUUAUUCAGCUCGUCUUUCUUCUGGGCAACACCAGCUACUGAUUUAUUUACCUCCUGAGGGGCAGGAACAUAUUGACUACCCAAUAGCACCAACAAUAGAGCAAGGAGAAAUUGAAGUACAAUUUGUUGCGUCUACUAUGUCAGGAAAAGCACUUCUUGUUCACAAAAUGACUGUUUUGAAGAGCUGGGUUAAACAUCUGGAGAGAUUUCAAUUCUGGUUGGACAUGAAAGGAGAAAUCACGGAAGUUCAAAAAUGUGGCUGGUUGAUUGAUAUAUUAGAUGAUGCCACGUUUCGAGAUCUCAAAGGAUGGAUUGCACCAAAAACUCUGAAAGAAGUGGCCUAUAGUGACUUGGAGAAGACAUUGAAUGAAAACAUCGCCCUUGCAUUAAAUCCGAUGGUGAGUUACACUAAGUUUGUCAACAGGAAACAACUAAGCACAGAAACUGGUGAUAUCAUCGGCCCCAUUCUACCAAAGGUUCCAAUGUGUGAUGAAGACAUAUUAGGAAGAUCUGGAAAAGGGACUGAUGUAACAGUCUUUGAGUUCAGUGUCAACCUUCUUCACCUUCACUACCUCAGAGUUACCAACAAGUUUAAACCCACCCUUCUAAGGACAAGCCUUGAAGAGUCUAACUCUCUUUAUGCUCAUAUCAUGAGGCGCUAUGAUCAGAGGGGUUGGUUUUCCAACUGGGAUAUAGAUCAGCCCAGUGUAUGGCUUACUGCUUGGGUUAUCAGAGCAUUGAAUUUUGCAAAUUAUGGAGAUUGGGAAAACAUCAUCUAUAUAGAUAGGAAGAUAUUUAACCAAACUGCUCUGUGGUUGACGACCAACCAGUCUCCAGCGGGUAGUUUCUUAGAAACACCCAUGUUUUAUAACAGCCUUGAUUCAAAGAUGAAAGACAAACGAUCGCUAACCGCUCAUGUGAUUCUUGGCUUGUUAUCAUGCUUACAAUUGCUCGAGGGCAGGACUAGAGUCGAGGCAAAUAAAGCAAUUAUUAAGGGAGUACAAUAUUUAGAAAAAAGGUUACCUGAUGAACCCUAUCCCCUGGCUUUGGUGACCCUAGCUCUGUACACGGCUCAGAGUGUUGUGAAGGAACAAGCAUUUUCCAAUCUCGAAAGGUUGAUAAAUCUUUCAGAAGGUGAUUUAGUUUAUUGGUCUCAGCAAGGAAUCCCUCCAGUUCCUAUAAAAAUACAAAACCAACGACCAUUCUUGGGACCGAGGAAUUAUACUGAAGGCAUUAGUGAGAGUAUCGAAACCACUGCACUUGCUCUUCUCUCGUCACUAAUGAGAGAGGGGGUCACUCCCCAAGCCGAUAGAAUAGUCUUGACCCUAAAUUCAUUGCGGAUGACAAAUAAUGGUUUUGUAUCAAUGACUGAUACAGUUUGGGCACUUGAAGCCUUAGUGGAAUAUGCAAACAGAGCACGUAUAAUGGAACUUACCAAACUUGAAGUGAAUUUAAACAGCGGUGUUGACCCAAAUUUUAAACACAUAGUUCACAUCACCAAUUCCUCAUUCAAUAAUGAAGAUAUAUUUGAGAUGGACAUUAGCUAUGGAGUAGAUUGGGAACCUCUCAAAGACAAGCCAUCUAGAGACAAUUUCAAUCUUAGAGUGAGGGAGUUCUAUUCUCAUGAGCGGAAUAAAUCAGCCAUAACCAUUGAAACUUGUAUGAGGCGUUUACGGGAAGAUCGCACAGGAGGAGCUGUUCUCGAAGUUGAAAUUCCUUCUGGUUACAGACUUGUAGAAACGGAAGCCAUAAGGCAAGGAUACAUUGUUCCUCAUUUUGUGGAUGCUCGAACAAAACCAGGUCUUACCCUCUGGAUUUUUGACCAUGUACCACUAGAAGAAAACUGUUUCAAUCAUACUGUAAGAAGGUGGUAUCCAGUAGCUAAUAUAUCACUUACUAGGCAGGCAUUGCUUUACGAAGUGGCAGCUAGAGGUGAGUAA